AUGCUGCUGUCCAAGAGCAGCCGCUUGGCGGGCCACCCACCAGCCAGCCAACUCCACCGCCAUAUUCGACACCAGAGCGCCCUCGUCACCAAACAAGAAACAAUAGACGCCCAGCUCGACUUUCGCACCUUUAUCGACGUGCUUCGCAAAGACGGCGACCUUGCCGAAAUCACACGCGAGGUCGAUCCCCACCUAGAGGUUGGCGCCAUUGUUCGGCGCGUGAGCGAGACCAAUGCAAAGGCGCCGCUGUUCCAGAAGGUUAAGGGCGCGAAAGAUGGCCUUUUCAGAAUCUUUGGCAACGCAGCGAGUUUGCGAAGCUCCGAGAGGGAGAGAUACGGUCGCAUAGCCAGGAACAUUGGCCUCGAGCCCGGGGCGAGCUGGAAAGAUAUCCUCGUGCGGACGCAGGAAGCGAAGACGAGGGAGGCUAUGAAACCCAACAUUGUGGCCGACGGUCCCUGUAAGCAGAAUAAGAUGUUUGGCGAGGACAUUGAUCUGCACAAGCUACCGGCUCCCAUGCUGCAUGCCGACGACGGGGGGAAGUACCUGCAGACAUAUGGCGUGCAUUUCCUGCGAUCGCCGGACGGCACGUGGACCAACUGCUCGAUCUUCCGAGGCAUGAUUCACGACUCGAGAAGACUGGUCUGUCUUGUCGGAACUGGUCAGCACAAUGCGAUUAUUCGCGAGAAGUGGAUACAGGCUGGCAAGACAGAGAUGCCUUGGGCUCUGGCGUUGGGAGUGCCCCCCUCCUUGAACCUCGCGGCCGCUCUUCCUAUACCAGAGGGGGUGACAGAAGCCGAGUACAUUGGGGCUCAGGUUGGGAAGCCACUCGAUAUGGUCAAGUGUGAGCUGAGCGAUCUGGAGGUGCCCGCCUCUAGUGAGAUUGUUCUCGAGGGCACGGCCUCGUUGGUCGACAAGGCUUACGAGGGCCCCUUUGAGGACUUUUUAGGGCUGCACUUUGACAACGACAUGCAUAUGCAUCCGUUGUUCAGGGUGGACGCCAUCACCUAUCGCGACGAUGCCAUCCUACCAGUGUCUGUGCCAGGCAGAAUCACCGAUGAAUCCCACACAACAUGCGCAAUGGCCUCGGAAGAGCUCCUUACUUUUGUCAAAGCCAAAGGGUUCCCCAUUCUGGACGCAAACGCCCCCCUCGAGAUGAUGGGGACCUGGUGCGCGCUCAAGGUGGACACAGCGGCCCUGACUGCGUCAAAGACAACCUCGAAAGAAUUCUGCGAGGCUCUAGGACAGAUUGUCUUCCGUAACAAGUCCAGCAUGCUCACGAACCGCAUCCUCCUCUUCGGCCCGGACGUCGAUAUCUACAGCCUGCGCGACAUCCUCUGGGCGCUGGCGACGAGGUGUCGCCCAGCCCAGGAUGAGUAUGUCUUUGAGGAUGUGCCCAGCUUCCCCUUGACGCCGUACAUGUGCCACGGAGGCGGCAGUGUGAGGAACGGCGGCAAGGUGAUCAUGGACUGUCUGUUCCCGAUGGAGUACAGAGGCGAGAAGACGUUCCACUCGGUGGACUUUGAGACGAGCUAUCCCAGGGACGUCCAGGAGCGGGUGCUCCAGAAUUGGGAGGGAGAUGGCCUUGGGGUGUAG